AUAUAUCGCUGCAGUUACCUUCGGCAGCAGUCACUAGCCAGUAUUCAACGUCGUCUCAGUCAGUAAGCCAGAAAUCAAAGGCGGAACUCAAAUAAACCUGGACUUUCGGUUUGUGCGGAUCAAUUACAAUUUUACAACAAUGUUCAUGCUCCUCAUUGGUCUCCUCACCCUGUCGUGUCUCCCCCGGUCGGUUCCCUGCGGCUGCUUUGAUGAUAGAGACGCCCUUCUGUACAGAGUUGACAUCACCCUUCCGCCUAAGGAGGGGAGGGACGAGACGGCAGACAUAUUGCAGAUUAAGGCAAAAGUGGAGGGUCUAACUGACAUCAAAGUUAUAUUUUCAUUUAAGGAAAUCGGGAACCCAAAGGUAUUGCUUGUUCUUAAUCUUGAGAAAGCUUGCAGCUGGCCACAGUUGACAACCUUUCUGUCACGAAAGGGCUAUGAGGUGAAGACGACCCCAGUAUACCGCUGCAGUGACUACGCCCGGGAACUUGGGGUCAAUGUAUCCAGAGACAUUUAUGAGAUGUCUCUCGAGGAUGAUGAGCACUUACUUCUUGCCAAGCAAACAUGUCAUGUCAAAGAUUUAACAACACCUGAGUUUGACGAGAAGAUGAGACAGAUGUUUGAGAGAGACGUGGGCAUUGUGAAAGCAGGUCAUCGGGCGGCAUGUUUCAGAACUCUAGCAAGCCUUCCAGUUGAGUUGAUGCACUUCGCGCCACUUGGCCCUCAGAAAAUGGAGGCGGGAGUAAGUAUCUUGCGUGGACCUGAAACCUUUGACCUCGAAAUCACUCGAAUCCAGAACCUUGAUUCGUACGUGGGAGGGUGUCAGUGAAAAGAUGUAGUUUCCUACGUGGCCUGAAGGAAGACAUUUUAAACAUGUACACGAAAAGAAUGAUAUGUAAUCAGCUUUGAAUAAAGUUUGGCAUUCCUUUCA